AUGAGAAUGGCAGCAACAAUGGAGGGCUUCGAUGACUCUGACUUAACAGCAGCAGAGAUUGCUAUGGUGACUGCAAACGAACGUGCUGGCUUAGUCUCACAACUGGCCUGUCAUUUCUGUGGCAUGCAGUUUGACGUCAAGAAAACCCGCUCCCUCCGGGCCCACAUCGAGGAAGUGCAUGUUCUUGGAGGUGCUGGAUAUAUGUGUGGUGUGUGUUGUGAAGAGUUCACAUCCCGUAAAGCUGUGGAGACUCACAUGAGCACAUUCCAUAGAGCACCAAAGCCGCUGGGUUGUGGUACAUGCGGGGAAACCUUUCGCAUUAGAAACCUCCUUCUGAAACACAUAGAAUCACACACACAAGAAGAAAUUCUCGCCAACAAGGUUGGUUACUGUUACUGCGGCGAAUGCUUUGAGUUUUUUGAAAAUGUUUCAGCUUUACAAAUUCACACAAGUUCUCACAAAGAACAGGCGGUGUUUGUGUGUGGUGCUUGUGGCAUACAAACCCAGCACCGUCACAUUAUGGUCAAACAUCUUGAAUGUCACGUCAUCUCAAAUCUGCUUGCUGUGGGUGGAGAUGCUGAACCGGCAAUAAAAGUGGAACAACCUGUAGAGAUCGACGCUGCCCUGGUUCAAGGAACUAUUGAAAUACAAAACCUAAACUCUGAAGUAGAAAACAGUGAGGUGGAGGUUAAAGGUGACAUUCAUUCUGUGGAAGAGGCAAAAAAUUACAAGUGUAACGUCUGCCAAGCUUUGUUUGUGAAUCUGACAGAGGCUGUAAGCGACAGCCACACUUGUAUGAAUGAAGAGGCUCAGAUGGUGGAGGGGAUUGAGCUCAGGGAGGGGAUGGAGUUUAGUGUCUUGCUACAGGAUAGUGGUGUGAGUAUUUCAACAGGUUCGGACCAGCAGUCAUAG